AUGUCUGAAUCCGAGGUGAUUCCUCACAACAGUUUCGACACCAUUCUGGUGCUCGACAAUGGAUCCCAAUACACCCACCUCAUUACCCGCCGUCUACGAGAGAUCAAUGUCUACUCUGAGAUGCUCCCGUGCACCCAGAAGCUCGCCGACCUGACCUGGAAGCCCAAGGGUAUCAUCCUGUCCGGUGGGCCUUACUCCGUGUACGAGGAGGGUGCCCCCCACAUCGACCCCGCCUUCUUCGAAUUGGGCGUCCCCAUUCUGGGAAUUUGCUACGGUCUCCAGGAGAUUGCCCACCGUCUGCACGCCGACAGCGUUGUCGCCGGUACCGCCCGCGAAUAUGGUCACGCUGACCUGAAGGCCACCCGGUUCGGAGGCCAUGUUGACAAGCUGUUCGAGGGCCUUGAGGAUGCCAUGACCGUGUGGAUGUCCCACGGUGAUAAGCUCUGCAACUUGCCCGAGGGAUUCCACACUAUCGGCGAGACCAAGAACUCUGAAUACGCCGCUAUCGCCCACAAGUCUGAGCCCGUGUACGGCAUUCAGUUCCACCCCGAGGUUACUCACACUCCUCAGGGCGGCCAGCUUCUUAAGAACUUUGCUGUCGGCAUUUGCGGUGCCAAGCAGAGCUGGACUAUGUCCGAGUUCAUCGGCCAGGAGAUCACACGCAUCCGUAACCUCGUCGGCCCUACCGGUCAGGUCCUGGGUGCUGUCAGCGGUGGUGUCGACUCUACCGUUGCUGCCAGCCUUAUGACCGAGGCUAUCGGUGACCGUUUCCACGCCGUACUUGUCGAUAACGGAUGCAUGCGUCUGAACGAGUGCGAAGUUGUCAAGGAAGUCCUGCAGAAGCAGCUUGGCAUCAACCUUACCGUUGUCGAUGCCAGCGAGGAAUUCUUGGCUGGCCUGAAGGGCGAGCACGAUCCCGAGAAGAAGCGCAAGUUCAUCGGUGGCAAGUUCAUCGAUGUGUUCGAGGAGGAGGCCCGCAAGAUCGAGGCCAAGAGUGCCGGAAAGGUCGAGUGGUUCUUGCAGGGCACUCUCUACCCUGAUGUCAUUGAGAGUAUCUCAUUCAAGGGUCCUUCGCAGACUAUCAAGACUCACCACAACGUGGGUGGUAUCGCCGAGCGUCUCAUGGCCGGUCACGGCCUGAAGCUGAUUGAGCCUCUGCGCGAGCUUUUCAAGGAUGAGGUCCGCGAGCUGGGCCGCCAGCUUAAGAUCUCCGAGGAGCUUGUUGGCCGCCACCCCUUCCCUGGCCCCGGUCUCGCCAUUCGUGUCUUGGGUGAGGUCACCAAGGAGAAGGUCGAUAUGGCCCGCAAGGCCGACCACAUCUUCAUCAGUAUGAUCCGCGAAGCCGGUCUGUACGAUGAAAUCGGCCAGGCCUACGCCGCGCUGGACCCCUCGCGCGCCGUUGGUGUCAUGGGUGACAAGCGUGUGUACGCCAACAUCAUCCUCCUCCGCGCCAUCUCCACCAAGGACUUCAUGACCGCCACCCCCUACCCCUUCGCCUACGAUUUCCUUAGCAAGGUCGCUACCCGCAUCGUCAACGAGGUCGAGGGUGUGUGCCGUGUUGCAUACGACUUCACUAGCAAGCCCCCCGGUACUAUCGAGAUGGAGUAG